AGUAAGAUAUACCUUAGUAAGAUUUACCUUAGUAUAUCUUAGUUCGUGAUUAUAAAUUCUAAUUUCUUACUAUAUUAUUUAGCCACGAACCAGGGACCGGACUUACUAGAAUAUAGACUUGAAUAUUAGAUCUAAUUCGAAAUCUAAUCAAAAUAUUAUGUUCAUAGAUACCAUCACUAUUACAGUAAAGUAAACUACCUACAUUACAACAAAAACAAAAUCCAAAAAUGCAACGCGAAGACAAACAAUUAGAACUGGUGCUUGAAAACUUCCAGAGUAAGUUGAACGAGUUCAAAGCUCAGAUAUACGCUCUUAUAUUCAAGUUAGAACAUGAACGAGACAAUGUCAACUGGACGACAGUACUUGAUACUUUCGCUGUGUUCUCAACACAGUACACUGCCAUCAUGAAGUAUCUUUCUUACGAGAAACUUCCGCAGUUGCGUAACUACAGUGUUCUGCCACUGAUGUUGAACCCAGAGCGCGAUGAAGAUCUCGCUCGCAUCACUGAAAAUCGAGUGCCAGCCCUGUCCCACGACAUUGUACCCGAUUUCUUGCGUACCAAAACCGAACCGGAAGUGGAACACAAACUCAUGCAGGUUGAACACAAGGCAGGUGGUUUACAAUUUGAAACAGCACAAAAACAGCUGGCAGCGUUCAACAAGGUAGUUAAUCAUGUGCUAGACCUUGUUUCUAAAGCCAGAGAAGAAUGGGAAGUAGAAACUGGAGCUCGUGUUGGUAUCGGACAAACCUCAUCAGUUGCAGACUUGCAUACACUCGUGUCUGCUGUAAGCAUGGGUAAAAAUUUGAAACCGAUGGUGCCACAAGUAUCUCCUGGUGGAAUGAUGGUGCCCCCUACUGGUAGACCAGUUACUCCUAGCAUGGGGCCAAAUACACCACCAAUGGGUAUGAUGCCCAAACCACCUCCUGGAAUGAAGACCAAUGUAAAGGCUGCUGGAGCACCUCAUCCAUAUCGAUGAAGCAACUGUUUCAAUGCUAUGUUAUAUUAAAUAUUUUUUUCAUAUCCAUAUCAAUAAUCGAUACAUUUUAAUAUAAAUUAAUAUAAUAUACACAUUAUUACAUUCUAAUAUUGUAUAACAAGUGUAAAUGUAUUUUUAUGUACAUAUUAAUAUAGUUUAAAAGUGUACAGUUAAUUUAUUUAUAAAAUAAAUAAAAAUAAUUUUGCAAUAAUUGUAAGUUACAGCAACUUAAUUUUAUAAUUUUAAAUAAAAAUGAUUGUAUUAUAAAAUAAGCUUUUUGUUCAGCUCUGUAACAGAUGAUCGAAUAAAGAAUUUUAUUAAUAAUAAAUAAGAUAAAAAUGUUCUGAAAAA